CGAUGCGUCUGUGUUACGGCUCAGCAAUGUCUUCAGUUCAGUAUAUGAGAGACUUCAUCAGGGAUAGAUUGACUGGCGUUGCUGAAGAAAUCUUCUCAGAGGUUAAAAAAACGAUCGUCCGGUACGAGGAGGAAAUCAACCAUCAGCUCAGGCUGCUGGAUAUCAGCCGGAAACCUGAGAUAAAGUUACACAUAAUCGACCUCCCAGACGAAGAUGAAUGUAAGGAAGAAGAGGAUAUGGAUAACCAGCAGGUCUGUAACCAGGAGAGUCACUCCAAUCUGGACCAGCAGGAUUCAGAUUCUCAGCAGACUAAAGAGGAAGAGGAAGAAAUUUGCACCAGUCUGGAGGGAGAACAGCUUGUACUGAAGCACGAAGGCAAAGGUAUCCUCGUCUGGGCCAGGGAAGACCAGGACAGACUAAGUGACACCAACUGGAAACCUGAAAUAAACUCACACAGAAUAGACCUCCAACAUCAGCAUGUCUCUAAGGAGGAGGAGGUGGAUCUCACAGACCAGCAGGUCUGUAAGCAGGAUAAGAACUCCAGUCUGGACCUGGAUGACUCAGAGCCUCCACAGAUUAAAGAGGAAAAGGAGGAACCUUGUACCAGUCAGGAAAGGGAGCAGCUUGGACUGAAGCAGGAGUCUGAUAAUUUUGUGGUGACCCACGAGGAAAGUGAUCACAGUGAACCAGAAGCACACAGUGACCGGAAACUGUCUUGCAACUCUCCUGGACCAGAGAGUCAGUGUAACACUAACACAAGUAAAAAGUCUGUAAAGUGUGACACUUGUGGAAAAACGUCCGUAAAAUGUGACACUUGUGGAAAAGCUUUUCACGAUAAAUCCAGACUAACUAAACAUUUGAAAAUUCAUACAGGUGAGAAGCCACAUUCUUGUAGCACCUGUGGAAAAAGAUUCAGUCAAAUCAUAAACUUGAAAACUCACAUGAGAAUUCACACAGGCGAGAAGCCAUAUUCUUGUAACACCUGUGGUAACUCAUUCAGUCAGAAAUCCACUUUGGCACAUCACAUCAGAAUCCACACAGGUGAGAAGCCACAUUCUUGUAGCACGUGUGAGAAAACAUUUACCUGGAAAUCAGAACUGAAACGUCAUAUGAGAAUUCACACAGGUGAGAAGCCGUAUUCUUGUAGCACCUGUGGGAAAACAUUCAGUCGAAAAUCAACAUUAAAAACCCACGUGAGAGUUCACACAGGUGAGAGGCCCUAUUCUUGUAACACCUGUGGGAAAGAAUUUACGGUUUCAUCAACAUUGAAAACUCAUAUAAGAAUUCACACAGGGGAAAAGAUACACUUUUGUAGCAUAUGUGGGAAAAGAUUCAUUCAGAUUAUCCAUUUGAAAAGACAUAUGAAAAUUCAUACAGUUUAAAGGUUUUUACUUACUUAGAAAAUUUGGGAGAGCUUUAGUUGUAGUAAUAAUGAUUAUUAUUAUUAUUAUUAUUAUCUCCACAGUAAUAAUCUAAUAAUUGUUAAUUAUAUUUAUUCCUUAGUCAUUUUCUGAACAGGUUUAAAAGCUGCUAGAAAGUAAGACAAGACCAAAAAUAUUAUAUCAUUAUGGAUUCAAGGUCACUUCAUGUGUUGUGGUGUUGACUUUCUUGAGGCGCAAACUUCAGCAUGUGCC